UCCUCCGCCUCCAUAGCUAUUGUGGAUUCGGGACAGAAGACUUUGUACUGCCAAUGUGUCUUCGUUCUCCACCGCAUCCCACAAGGUCGUGUACUAAUGGAAGAUGGUGAGAAUGUGAUAGCACCAAAAUGGCAAGCAAGGAGAUAAUAUAUGACAAGAUUCACUUCAGGCAUGACCCAAGAUGGAGUGGGCGCCUGGGGCCUGCAGAUGGAGGGGGGCUGCUUCUCUGCAUGGCUUGCGUGAUUGAAAUGCUGGAAAGUGAUGAGAUUUCCUCGGUCAGAAAGGCUUAUGCUUUGUCCGCUGUCAGUGGGUUGUUGAAGUGUUCUCCUGGGGCUCUGAGACAAUUGCUCCAGCAAGACCACCAAGUCUCCAUACAUUUUAUUGACUCUCUACUGGGGAUGCUUCACUCUAUGGUGGACUCAGCCACUCUGGAAAAAGUGGAUCAAGUUCUAGUUCUGUUGCUAGUGGAGCUGCAGAGUGAGCUGCCGCUACAUUACAUUUUAGAUCAAAUAAACAAACAGGUGAUCGACCAACUGAACGUGAAGAGCUUCUUGCCAGUGUUCAACUUCUUAGGGAGCUUAAUAGAAACGCUUCCCAGUGUGGCCCUCAUCCUGGUGACUCAAUAUGUGCCCUUACUUGAGCGACUCUGCUCGAUUUUGCUGUAUCCGGAUGAAGAGGUGAAGGCUUCAGUUGUGUAUGUUUGGCUCAAGUUGUUGGGGAGCUCCGGAGGCUCAACAGCUCAGUCACUACCGGUCACCAUUCGGGAUCGAGUCUGUAUCCUGUUGCGACAGACCUUUGUCAAUGCCACUUGCCCUCAGCUCAUCAACAAUUGCAUUGCUCUACUGUGGAUUUUAGUUCAGUGGGGAGAGGCCGUUUCGGUUCUUAUGAGCAACGCUGGUGAUCAGUUUAUGUGCAGCCAGAAUGGCAACAUCAUUUCCAGCAGUCAAAACCAAGAGCAACAGAUUCCGAGCCACUGCCAUCUCCCUCUCAUCCUGAAAAAGUUACUGUUGAGUGGUGAUAAUAUAUUGCGGGCGACCAGUGCAAAGUGUAUCGCAUCUAUUCUUGUUCAUUCUCCCACUCAGUACAGUGGUCCUUUUAUCGAAGCUGACAUACCAGAGUUUCUCUUUGACCGCCUGGCGGAUACAAAUAGUGAGGUGCUGCUGUGGUCUGCCUACAACUGUUUGGUGUUACUAAUUGAAGACCCACAAUUCUUCUCCCAGUGCCACUCAGUUUAUGGUAUUGAAUCCCUGGUACGCAGUCUGAAGCAGGCAAUGCAGCUGACCAAUGUGGAUGUGCUGAAGCAAGGACUUUUCCUCCUCACCAAAAUACUGGAAAGGCAGCCCACAAAUGUGCGCCUCUUCCUCAGUCCUCCAGCAUUUGUGGCAGUUUCAGAAGCUGUGCUUUGUGGACUCUCUUCUCCGUGCUUGAGAGUGGCCAUACAAGCUGCCAGCGCCUCCUCCGCCCUUUUUAGAUUGAACCACCAGUCCAUCCCAGUCCAAUACGAGGCGUUACAAGGAAUAUUGAGGGCCAUCACAAACAGAUUCGCGGAGCUUCCCAUACCUGCCUCGAGUGAUCAGCGAAGUCGAUUUUUCAGUCAUUAUCAUCACCAGGUGAGUCUGAAGAAGCCAGAGCGCAACAGCCUGGAGUCUUGGUCGGAAAAAUAUCUACUCCAGUCCCUGCUCUGUUUUCAGACUGCUUGCAGAUUGGCUGAGGAGUGUGCAGCAGAUCCCGUUUUAAAGGAGAACUCUUUCACAGCUCCGUCGAAGGAGAGCCAUGGACCUGACUCGGUAGUGUCUCUAUGCCAAUGCCUGCUGCAGUAUUGUGACUCCGUCUGGAUACCCACCGUCAUUAGGGUGUGUGAAUGUGCACCCAAUCCUCAGAUAUUAGAGAUUUUCUACUCAGUCUUGUCUUGGCAAUUCACCCUUCUUCCAUCUGUCAUGCCGGCCUUUGCAAAUAAGUUGGCAUCCUCUGGUUUCUACAAGCUGGCUUUGGAGCACAAAGGGAUUUUCUGUGCGGCAAACAGAAACACACAUUUGAACGCAGCUUGCUGUGAUUUCCUGCAGAAACUCAGUGUGUGUUUGCUCUCCCAGUCGGUCUCUGCUUCUGGCGCCUCCCAGCAGGAUGCAGACGAAAUAGAAACACUCCUGCAAUACAAUCUUUCCUCUCUGUGCUGUCGGCUCUCAGACUGGCCGACUCUGCUGCGCGAGUCCCCGGGGCUCCAACUGUGUGAUUCUAAAGGCCCGAGAGCCACUCAAUACUGUCUGGUGAUUAUACUCCACCUCGCUCUUCACCAAGGCGACAGGCUCCUCCCGGACCAGAUCGUGUUUUCCAGUGUCGUGUGGCUCUUGCAUUCAGUGCAAGAGGAAGGCAGCGGCACCCUGCCUACCUUGGUCCUGCAGUCUUCGCUUUACCUGCUAGCGAUGACACAGGAUGCAAGCGCCACACUUGAUGGGGCUCCUUUGGUGUGUAUCGACAAGGCCCUCUCCUCCUGUCAAAAUUUCUCAUCCCUUUACAUCCACCAUCCUGCCGUCCUCCACUUUAUUUGUGGCCAUCCGCUGCUUAAAGACAAAUAUGGGGCCCUGGUCUUAGAAUUCUGGUUGACCAGACAAACACAGUCCACAGAUUCAGACUUGGCUGUGACAGAAGAACAGCAACCUGCCGCAGAGAUUGUGGAGCUACUGUCUGUGUUAAAGAAAUACCCAUCUGUCAUCCUGCUCCUCCUGGAUAUAGUUUGCACCAGGGAGGUCUCACUUGCAGAGCGAGCAAUGUCAGUUCUGAUGUCGCUCUUGGAUGGUCAAAGUGACUUUGAAGCAGACUUGUGUACCAGUCUGAAGCCUGCUCUGCUCCAGGCGUUGCAGAAACUCAGUGUGGAGAGCCAUGUACAAGGACAGAAACAUGUGGAAAAAGUUAACUCGCUCCCACUGCUGCUCAGGCUGCUUUGCGUAACUCGCGCCAGCACCCCGCCUUCCCUACCCUGCAGCAAGACGGACGAAGUUCACUUCAAGCUGUUCUACCACGUGAGUAAUAUUGCAGGUAGACUGCAUCCGUCCAACACCGAGAGUCUGCUGCCUGCCUUGAGCUACCUGUACUGCUGCUUGAGUCUCUCUCCUCCACACUGCACGAGCAAAGCUGUCUCCAUGCUACUCUCCAACUGUGGAGUGAUAGAGCAGCUUCAGAUAAUCCUCUCCUCAUCCUCUGCGCCAUCCGUCUUCUCUUCAGCUGCUCCUUCCUCAGGCCUGCUGUGCUGCAGUCAUCUCCUCCUAUCCUCCCUCAUCACUUUGCAGCACGAGCACUCUAUCCAGGUUCACAAAAGCCUCAGUUGGAGCCUGGAAUCUGCAGUGCAGCGAAUACUCAUUCAGAAAAGGAACACAGACACUCUCUUGCUGGUCAGCUACUUGAGAUUGCUGCAGGCCUUACUCGAUGUUGACUUGACCUCCGCAUUGGUGUGUGUGACCACUUCCCCAGGCUUAGUUGGCCACGCCCCCCUGGAACCUGAAGAUGGCGCAUUAUUCCCUCUUGGCUCCCGAGGGGCUGAGUGCCUCUUAAUUGCUCUCAGCGGACUUAUUUUACAGAAAAAUGAGCUGCUGCUGAGAGCCUCAGUCAACUGCCUAAGUUCCGUGCUUGGCUUCCUUCAGAGGAAGAGCCCUCAGACUGCCAAUUAUGAGGUUUGCCAGCCAUGGAGUGGAUUCCUCCUUUACUGCCUGCAUAGCUCAGAUGAGAGCUUCCUCCUGCACCCAGCCGUUCUCAGGGUCAUCGCACUUUUUAUUCGGCACGGCAAUCUGGUGGUACAGUGGGAGCCUGACCUGCUCAAGGUGAUGGAUGCAGUGGAGAAGACAGGGGUUAAGAAGCUCGGCCAGGAAGCAUCACAAGCCCUCAGGCUACUCCUCACACAGAUAGAGAGUGGUGUCUUUCAGCCUCCACUCGCAGAGGAACACAAGCAGAGAGUAAGGAGUGUGAUCGAGGCCCUGGACUCACUGCCGACCUUUGAGAGUUUGCCCUGCAACAUCCUACGUUUUGGUAGUGUGUCCAUCUGUUUGUCUGACUUCACAGUGAACAGUGAAAGCGCUUUAGAAAAGUGACACAUUUGGAAAGCAUUUGUCCAUCAUUAUUUUUCUAUGGCGAGGUGAAUUGCAAAUUCAGUUCUCAAGCCACAUGCGUUUGGACAAAAUAUUAUUAACUAGGGUGUGUAUUUGUUUAUUACAAAGUACAUUUUGGAGAUUGUUAAAAGAAAGUUGAAUUAAACAGACACGUUAGUCAUCACGUUGUUCCCAAAAUGAAA